AUGAGUGAUACUGGUGAAGCAUCUCAUGUUAAUGAGAUAUCAAAAACGCCUGAUGCUGGAACAACUUCUCAAACUGACGAUAAGAAAGAAGUUUCCGAUCAUGCACCUACCGAUGUUGAAGCAUCGAAGAGUGACGUUGACACUAGUGCACCAACCGAAUCUGAACCUGAAAAUGGUAGUAAGAAGAGAACUCUUGAUGAAGUGAAGGUUGAAAGCAAGGCAGAAGAGGAGCAACAAGUUGAGAAUAAAAAUGAAAAGGAUGAAGAGGAGAAAGACAAUGAGAAUGAGCAGGAAGAUGUAGAGGAGGAGGAAGAUGAGGAUGAGGAUGAAGAUGAAGAUGAGGAUGAAGAUGAAGAUAUCGGAUCAUCUCGUAAGAAGCAACGUCGUGAAAGAAACAGAUUCUUGGAUAUUGAAGCAGAAGUCAGUGAAGAUGAAGACGAUGAAGAAGAUGAUGAAGAUUCAGAACUUGUUCGUGAAGGUUUCAUUACACGUGGUGAUGAGGACGACGAAGAAGAACGUGGAGCCAGAGUUGAUGAUAGACUACACAGAGAGUUGGAUCAGAAUCUACAAAAAACGGCAGAUGAAGACAUGCACAAGAUAGCAGAGGAGUUCAAAAAGCGAUAUGGGCGUGAUUCUUCGAAAGACUAUCGUGUUCAAACGCAAGGUGGUUAUGUGCCCCAAAGAUUUAUGUUACCAAGUGUUGACACUGCCAUUAUCUGGUCGGUUCGUUGUAGGCCAGGGAAAGAAAAGGAUCUUGUUAAGAAGUUAUUGAAUAAGAAGUUCAACUUGGAUAAGUCUAUGGGGUCGAAAAAACUCAAGAUCUUAUCCAUUUUCCAAAGAGACAAUUACACUGGUAGAAUUUAUAUUGAAGCACCAAAACAGUCUGUUAUUGAGAAGUUUGUCAACGGUGUUCCAGAUGUUUAUGCCAAUCAAAAGUUGUUGAUUCCUGUUCAAGAAUUACCGCUCUUAUUGAAACCUACUAAAUCUGAUGAAGUCAGACUUGAUGUUGGCUCAUAUGUCAGAAUUAAAAGGGGUAUUUACAAGGGGGAUUUGGCUGUUGUAGACCAAAUCAGUCAAAAUAACUUGGAGGCCCUAUUAAAGGUGGUACCAAGAUUGGACUACGGUAAAAACGAUGAAGUAGACCCAGACUCCAACCAACGGAGAGUCAAAAGACCAACUUUUGCCAGUAGGCCUCCUCCCCAACUAUUUAACCCAACCAUGGCUCUAAGACUUGAUCAAGCAAAUCUUUUCAAAAGGGACGACAGACAUUUCACAUAUAGAAAGGAAGACUACGUCGAUGGGUAUUUAUACAAAUCAUUCAAGAUCCAAUACCUAGAUACCAAAAACAUUCAGCCUACUGUUGAAGAGCUCUCAAGAUUUGGUAGCAAAGAGGGUGAAGUGGAUUUGGCAGCGAUCUCACAAACAAUGAAAAAAGCACAAGCAGCAAAAGCCAUGUUCCAACCAGGUGAUCGUGUCGAGGUACUCACUGGUGAACAAAGGGGCUCAAAGGGUAUAGUUACUAGAAGUUCAAAAGACGUGAUCAGUGUAAAGUUAUCAGGCUUUUCGGAGAAAUCAUUAGAAUUCCCAAUUGCAUCUCUUAGAAAAAUCUUCGAGCUUGGUGAUCAUGUUACCGUUAUUGCAGGAGAACAUCAAGGUGAUGCAGGUUUGGUUCUUGUUGUUCAAAAUGGUCAAGUAACCUUUGUUUCUGACCAAACAAGAGAGAAUUUAACUAUAUCUGCUAAUAACUUGAGUAAGUCCAUGGACUCUACGCCAACAUCCAGCGAUUAUGCUUUACAUGAUAUUGUUGAGCUAAGUGGUAAAAAUAUUGCUUGUGUUAUUCAAGCUGGUCACGAUAUUUUCAAGAUUAUUGACGACUCGGGUAAGGUAGCUACCGUCACCAGGGGUUCGAUUUUGAGUAAAAUCAACACCGCCAGAUCAAGGGUUGCGGGUGUAGAUGGAAACGGUAGAGAAAUGAAAAUCGGUGAUAUUGUAAGAGAAAAGAUUGGUGCACGUAGAGAAGGUCAAGUUCUUUACGUUCAAAAUCAGCAUAUCUUUAUUAGAUCAAAAAGCAUCACGGAAAAUGCUGGUGUUUUUGUUGUAAAUCCUAUGAAUGUGGAAGCUAUUGCUUCAAAGGAGAAUUUGAUGUCUUCAGCUUUAGAUUUGUCUAAGAUAAACCCAAAUAUCGCCUCUAAAAUGGGUCCUCCACAGACAACUCAGCAAACACGGGUAACUGGCCGUGAUGUUGCUCUAAAUAAGACCGUGAGGAUACGUACAGCAGGCUAUAAAGGCCAAUUGGGUAUUGUGAAAGAUGUCACUGGUGAAAAAGCUACCGUUGAGUUACAUUCAAAAAAUAAACACAUUACAAUCGAUAAGAGAAAGCUAACGUAUUUCAGUCAUGAAGGUGGAGAAGGUAUAACAUAUGAUGAGCUAGUUAGUAGACGUGGUAGGACUCCUCAUACUAGAAUGGGACCAAGUUAUGUCAGUGCACCAAGACAUAUGGCUGCUGGUGGAGCCGUUGCAAGCAACGGUGCUCAACAACUUCCUGGUGGUAUGACACCUGGAUGGAAUGCGUUCGACGGAGGAAAAACACCUGCGGUUGGCCAAAAUGGUGGAGCUACUUCUGCAUGGGGUGGAGCUUCUACUUGGGGUGGUCAAGGUACCGGUGGAGCUUCUGCCUGGGGUGGAGCUGCUGGUAAUACAUCUACUUGGGGUGGUCAGGCAGGUGCUACUUCCACGUGGGGAGGUGCAUCGGCCUGGGGUAACAAAUCUAGUUAUGGAGGCGCAUCUACAUGGGUUGCUAGUGGAGAAUCCGGAGCUGCAUCUGCGUGGGGUGGUGGUAACAAAUCCAGUUAUGGAGGUACUUCUACCUGGGGUGGUGCCAACCAAGGUGGUGUUUCAGCUUGGGGUGGUAGCGGUAACAAGUCGCAGCGUUCAAAGAAUACUGGGAAUAGUUCUACCUGGGGUAACAAUCAAGCUCAACAUGAUACAGGAGAAAGAUCUGCAUGGGGUAGUUCAUCCCAACAACAAAAUAGUGGAAAUAGAUCUGCAUGGGGUAAUCAAGGCAGUGGAAGUACUUGGGGUGGAAGCAACUAA